UUUCUCUCUCUAAAAUUUUCUUUGCCAGUUUGUGAAUUUGGAUCGAUCGAUCUCUGACAAUGAUGAAGAUGGAUUGCCAUGAAUCCCAAGGAAUCAAGCUAUUUGGUGCAACUAUUGCCAUCCAAAUAGUCGAGAAACAAGAGCAAAAACAAGAAAUGAUCAAAUCUUCAUCCUCCUCCGAUGAUCAUGAAUCGCCGGCGGCGGCGGCGGCGGUUGCGGUGGAUGAAAAGAACAGCCGGCCAGAGAAAGUGAUAGCUUGUCCUAGAUGCAAAAGUAUGGAGACUAAAUUCUGUUACUUCAACAAUUACAACGUUAAUCAACCAAGACACUUUUGCAAAGGAUGCCAACGUUAUUGGACUGCCGGCGGUGCACUUCGUAACGUACCCAUCGGAGCCGGUCGUCGGAAAUUGAAACCCAACCCACCUGAUUCCGCCGCCGGAUUCUCCGAAAACUGUCUUUACGUGGAUGCUUCCAAAAUACAAGCUCUCGACUUUAAUCAAGGGAUGGCGUUGCAAGACCAGUGGCGGUCCAUGGCGGCGACGCAUGGCGGUUUUCAGCAUGGUUUUCCGGCCAAGAGGCGGAGGAACACUUUGGAUGGUCAAAAUUGCUGAUCUUUUUUUCCUUAUUUUGGGUUUUGGGGUAGAAGAGUAAAUAUAUUAUUAUUAUUAUUAUUAUAAAAAAUUGGCUGAUCAUGGCUAAGUGCUGACUGCCGUUCGAUCACAGCCAUCUGUUUUAAUUAAUUUAGUACUUUAAUUAAAUAGUUAUUAUCCUAAAAGUGUUGGUUGAAUCCCAAUUUAUCAUAAAAUGACAUAAACAUACUUUUUAUUUUA